CGCGUUCGAACCCCGGGUUCGAGGCGAGACCGAGUCGCCCGCGCGUCGUUCGCCCGACGCGGACGCGAGCCCCGGCGCGCGCUCGCCGCGGGUCGUCGACGCGUCGGAUCCCGCGCGCGGUUCGUCCUGUCGUCGUGCCGAAUUUGGAGGCGUCCGCGAUCGAUCCCCUCGGAAUUCAUUCAUUCGUUCGUUCGUUCAAUCUUCCGCGGAGAAGAUAGAUAGAUGGGCGUCGAGGACGACGCGUCGACGUCCGGCGGCGUGACGUACGCGAACGGCCACAUCUACGGCGCGCCCGAAACGCUCGACCCCGCGGACAAGCACGGCGAGCGCGCGACGGUCUUCUUCCCCGGAGGCGCCAAGUACAAAGGGCAGUGGGCGAAAAACCGAAAGCACGGAAAAGGAUCCUACACCUUCGCCAACGGCGACGUCUACGAGGGCGAGUGGGCGGACGACCGACGGACCGGGUUCGGGACGUACUGGCGGCUCGACGAGGGCCGCUACCGCGUCGAGUACAACGGCACGUGGGUGGAGAACAAGAAGCACGGAUUCGGAGUCUUUUUCAACGCGAAGGGCGAGCGAUACGAGGGCGAGUGGUUCGAGGGGAAGCGACACGGGAAGGGGAAACAGACGUACGGGGGGCGUUUCGACGGCCUCGGCGCGGACGUCUACGACGGCGAGUGGGUCCACGGGAAGCGCACGGGGCGCGGCGUGAUGUCGUGGGCGAACGGCGACGCGUACGAGGGGCAGUGGGAGGACGACCAGAAGCACGGUCCGGGGACGCAUUAUUACGAAGAGAAGCGCGCCAGGUACGACGGGGUGUGGGAGAGGGACACGCCGAGGUGCGGGGAGUAUCGCGCGAUGGACGACGAUAUCGCGCCGGUGAUACCGCUUCCGGACGUGAAGCUGAUGGACGCGGACGAGGUGGCGCGCAGGGCGAAGGAGGUGGCGAUCGACGCGUUGCGGUGACGGGCGCUUGAACGGGAGAAGACCGACGGAGCGGCGUCCGCGUCCUCGCCAUCCACCCGUGCGUCUACCUGACUACCAUCUUCAUCACGAGUC